UAUACGUACGUAUGUGUGAGUGUGUGUGCAAAGUAGACGGCGAGCGCAUAUUUUCAUUGUCCGUCAAAUUUCUUUUUAAAAUUUCUUCAAGAUAAUUAAAAUUUUGAAAUUUCAAAACUUCUUCAUAAAAUACAAUUUCCUUUAGCGCAAGGGAGCGAAAGUUCAAUAUAGAAAGGAGCUUGGGUAAUGAAAGAUUUCUAAAGUGUUUUUAUGUAAAUUCAUGAUGAAGCAACAGUGACUCGGUGUUAAGCAAAGAAGCAGUGCGUGAAAGAAUACAUAUGAGCAACAAGAAGGCCGAAAUAAGUGAAACAAGUAAAAAUUUAAUUCAAUUUCUUGGUGCUAUAUACGUGAAAUCGACGCAGGUUAACGUGAAUAGAAGUUAAUGUGAAUUGAAAAUUAAUUAUUUAUUCGAAGCAGUUUCGCAAAAAGAAUUUACGAGCAGAAGCCAAUCAGUUUAAUACCUAAAUGCUAUGUGUGACUUAACAGUGGAAACAUUGAAGUUAGUGUGCGUUAAGUUAAGCGGUAGACGUAAUCUACAAGUUGUGAAAGUUCCAAUGUAGAUGAUGUAGAUGCUACCAAAUAUGAGGGGAAUUUCUGAUCGACAUACCAAUUGAAAACGCAGUUACGACAAAGAAUUCUGCAGUUAGUUUUGCUCGGAAGUUGGAUUCCGCAAGUGGUUUCCGCCGCGUAACUGCAACGCAUCGCGUACGUCGCUUCUGUUUUACUUGUAUUUAGCAACGUCUCGUGACCUCAUCAGAUCGCCGCCAACGUCUGCAACACCUUCCGACUAACCAACCAACAUUUGAACAAGUAAUAUUCAAACAUACCUUUGUAUAGGCAGCCCGACAAGCAAGCACAAAGCCGUGGCGCACUUGGGAUUUGCCGUUGUUCGCGAUUCGGUUUUAUUUACCUCAAUUUUUAUGUAUUUAUAUUACCCACGGCUUACGUAUGUCUGUAGUAUAGCUUGUUCGUCUCGCUUCUCGUCCAUGGCUUGCUUGCCUUUCUGCCUGACAGAAUGAAUGGUUACUUGGUUGGUCUGUCGCGUUGUUGGUUGGCUAACUGAGUGGCCCACCGACUUACGGAUUUUGCCUCUUGUCUCUGUUACAGUAUUGUCUUCCGUUUGUUUCAACUCCGCUCGACUGUGCUUCGUAAUUCUACAGUUGAACUGCUGAGCUUGCAGGCAUAAUUUCGCUAUCAGCUCGGUACAAAAUUUUAAAGUUAAAAUUACGCGAUAUAUUUUAUAGUCCUUUGAAAGUUCGCAACGCCAACGAAAAGAGCUUAAAAACUGGCUUGUUACCCACCCGGCGUAAAUUCAAAUAGUGUAACCAAAUACACGUGAGCAACACAAAAAGAAAUUAAAGCAAAUAGUACAAUUAUAUAGGUACAUACAUAUGUAUAUAUAAACUGAACCGAAUAAACAACAAUAACGACUAUUGUAGUCAAAAAAGAAGGAACGUGGAGAAUUGAAACAUUUUUUACUUAUCUAAAACUAAAAGAAUAGACCUCAAAGCUGAACGAAGAGUUUUAUCAUUUGAAAGGUAGACUUAUACCCGCGUACUUAAGACCAGGUGCUUGCAAAGCGACGUACAGAAGGAGGAGAAUCAAACGUUGCAAUAUUACAAACUCUUCAACAACAAACAAGUAUUCAAAAGUUAAGACACACUUCCAGCUGGGGAGGGAUAAGAAAAAAUUCGGUAUGCAGUAAGGGCAAAGUCACGACCAUUAAACGAAUUGGGAACGACAAUAAUAAGAAAAAAGUAACAAAAGCACAGUCAUAAAAGUUGUGACUACAUAGGAAGUGCACCGGAGAAACGCAUCGAAUUGUCUUGAAAGUGCCAAAAAUCACGCUAAGCUCUAGCGACUAAACGCCGGCUUAAGUGGGCAAAGGUUGUACUCAACAAUAAGCAGACUAAUUCCAUUGUGAUUGGAUACCAGCACGAAAAUUUGUCAUCAGUUGUUUUAUGUAAACAAUAGACUAGAGGGAGACAGCGACCUACAUAUGUACAUAAAUAUGUAUAUAGCAUAAGCAGCUCACAAGCAGCAUGCCCUAAAUCAGAUUAUUUGUUUGCUAAAAAAAUGUUUGUAUAUUCUUAGUGUGCCACUAAAAGUACAAUUGUUGUGGUGUGGAAGAAAUUUCCACCACAGUGUUAGCGGCUACUUGUGUCUGAACUUUAGCGUGCUCUGCAUCGUGUUGCGGAAGUGUGCUCUGUGCGGACAACUUUGUUUUAAUGACGCUGCUGCCCGCAUCACCCACAUCAUUGACGUUGUUUGAAAAAAUAUAUAUAUUUAAAUCGGCAUUCACUGCCGCCGAGUGGCAGCUCAAUACAAAAAACUCUCGACUGAUGCUACUAUGCGGUGGAGCACAGCGAAAACGAUAAAUAAGAGCAGCAUUUACGACAACGAUAGCAACAUAAAAAAGACAAUAAUUAAAAUAAAUCCUUUUGUUUGUGUACAUUUGAAAGCAAACCAAAGCAAAUUGAAUAAAAGUGAAAACCAACAAUCAGCAUACGAAGCAGCAUGGAUGAGGAAAGGAAAAGACGCGCCCAAAUGUUGGAGCGCGAGAUGCGUGAUCCGCACAGUAUUUGCAAUAUCGAUUGCCUCUUGGACACAGUUACAGCACUGGUUAACGAUUGCGAUCAUGAAUCAUUGAAGCGUCUGAAGAAUAUCGAACAAUAUGCCACCAAAUAUAAACCGCUGUCGAAACAAAUCUGCCAGCUGCGCAUGAAUGUCGAAGAUUUCGAUUUUAUCAAAUUAAUCGGCGCCGGUGCUUUUGGUGAGGUGCAGCUGGUACGGCAUAAAUCGUCGCGUCAAGUAUAUGCUAUGAAGCGGCUAUCCAAGUUUGAAAUGAUGAAGCGUCCCGACUCUGCUUUCUUCUGGGAGGAACGUCACAUAAUGGCGCACGCCAACUCCGAUUGGAUAGUGCAGUUGCAUUUCGCAUUUCAGGACUCCAAAUAUUUAUAUAUGGUAAUGGAUUAUAUGCCGGGUGGCGAUAUUGUAUCGCUGAUGUCCAUGUACGAGAUACCGGAGAAGUGGGCCAUUUUCUAUACGAUGGAAGUUGUGCUCGCUCUGGACACAAUACACAAUAUGGGAUUCGUGCAUCGCGAUGUGAAGCCGGACAAUAUGUUGCUCGAUCGGCAUGGUCAUUUGAAAUUGGCUGAUUUUGGCACGUGUAUGCGUAUGGGUCCCAAUGGCUUGGUGGUGUCAAGCAAUGCUGUCGGCACGCCGGAUUAUAUUAGUCCCGAAGUUUUGCAAUCUCAGGGUGUGGACAAUGAAUAUGGACGUGAGUGCGAUUGGUGGUCAGUUGGUAUAUUUUUGUAUGAAAUGCUUGUGGGCGAUACGCCUUUCUAUGCUGACUCGCUCGUGGGCACAUACGGCAAAAUCAUGGACCACAAGAAUUCGCUGAGCUUCCCCGCUGAGGUGGAGAUAAGCGAGAGUGCCAAAUCGUUGAUGCGCGCCUUUCUCACCGAUCGCACACAGCGUUUGGGUCGCCAUGGCAUCGAUGAAAUAAAGGCGCAUCCGUUUUUCGAAAAUGACACAUGGACUUUUGACAAUAUACGAAAUAGCGUGCCGCCAGUUGUGCCGGAGCUCUCGUCGGACGAUGAUACACGUAAUUUCGAGGAUAUUGAGCGCGACGAGUCGCCUGAGGAGGUCUUUCCCGUACCAAAAUCGUUUGAUGGUAAUCAUUUGCCAUUUAUUGGAUUCACCUACACGGGUGAUUACCAACUUCUCUCCAACGACACUGUCGAUGCUGAGACAAAGGAGUCGGCGAAUGCAAUAGCAAAUCACAGCCAUCGUCAUCGUCCAUCCAAUUCAAAUGAAAUAAAACGCCUCGAAGCAUUGCUUGAACGUGAAAGAAAUCACUCCGAAACUCUGGAAAAGCAAGACAAGGCAUUGCGUCAACAAAUCGAACUGAUAACAAAACGUGAAGCUGAAUUGCAACGUAUCGCCUCAGAGUAUGAGAAGGAUUUGGCCUUGCGGCAGCAUAACUAUAAAGUGGCCAUGCAAAAAGUCGAGCAGGAGAUUGAGCAACGCAAAAAGACUGAGGCACUGCUCGCCGAGACGCAGCGCAAUCUGGACAACGAGCAAAAGAUACGUACGCGCGAAAUGAACAAUAAUCAGCAUCACAGCGAGAAGAUUGUCACAUUAGAGAAACAGCUAGAGGAAAUGGAAGAGAACUUCAAGAAUGAAAAUGAGCAUGUGCAAAAACUCAAGAAGCAAGUGGCCGAAUUGGGUUUGAUCCAACAGGAGCUAGAGGGUAAAUUGGCGCAAUUGCAAGCAUUGAUUAUCACCCUGCAGUCGCAAAAGGACUCGCUGCAGCAAGAAGUAGCUGAAACACAAGCGAUGCUGGCACAAGAGAAAAAUGCGCGCUCGCAAUUGAAAGAACUUGUAAAAGAGUCGGAGAAUAAACUACAAACAAUGUCCAAUGAUUUGGAUCGCACGACUCAGCGAGAGCAGCAGGCGCAUGAGGAUAAUCGUGUACUAACAGAAAAAAUAUCCGAUUUGGAGAAGGCGAACGCUAGUCUGGACUUUGAGUUUAAAGCGAUGCAGGGUCGAUAUCAGCAAGAAGUGAAGGCGCAUCAAGAAACCGAGAAGUCGCGAAUGCUUAGCCGCGAAGAGGCUAAUCUGCAGGAGGUUAAAGCUUUGCAGACAAAGUUAAAUGAAGAGAAAUCGGCGCGCAUCAAAGCCGACCAAAACUCUCAGGAGAAGGAGCGCCAAUUAAGUAUGUUGUCGGUGGACUAUCGCCAAAUACAGCAGCGCCUUCAAAAGUUAGAAGGAGAAUGCCGUCAAGAAACGGAAAAGGUAAUGGCGCUGCAAUCCCAGAUGGAACAGGAACACAGUAAAAAGAAUACGUUGCUAUCUGAGCUAAGUCUGCAAAGUUCAGAGGUGGCGCAUCUGAAAUCACGUGAAAAUCAACUACAAAAAGAGGUCAUCUCCUUGCGGGAAGCGAAGCGUAAAUUCGAAGAAGAAAUUGCUCAAAUAAAAAACACUUUGAAUAAAGAAAUCCUCUUGAAGCGCGAAUAUCAGGAUCAAUUGGAAGCCGAACAGUAUUUCUCACGACUCUACAAAACUCAAGCGAAUGAGCACCGCGAAGAGAUAUCGGAGCGUAGCCGCGAAAUACAGGACCUGAAGGAGGAACGCACCUCCCUGAAGCACCAAGUGCAAGUGGCUGUGGCGCGCGCCGACUCUGAAGCAUUGGCGCGCUCAAUAGCAGAAGAAACCGUAGCUGAUCUAGAGAAAGAGAAGACAAUCAAGGAGUUUGAGUUGAAAGACUUUAUGACGAAGUAUCGCAACGAAUUGACAGCGAAGGAGUCGGCACUUACAGUAGCUAAAGAAACUGAAGCUGAAUAUGUAAAGAAAUUGAAUCAAAAGAACGCCGAAACCGACGAUCUACUCCAACAAUAUAAAAAGCUGCAGGAUGAUAUGUCUCAGCUGAGGGCUACGAAUGACGAAGAGCUCGCAAAAUUAAAGGAGAAGUUGCAGACCGAAGUGUUGCUGAAGCAGGUCGCAGUGAACAAGCUGACGGAAGUGAUGAACCGCCGGGACACGGAUCUGCAAAAGCAAAAAGGCAAGGCGCGCUCAUCCGCCGAAUUGCGUAAAAAGGAGAAGGAAAUGCGUCGGCUACAGCAAGAACUCUCACAAGAGCGCGAGAAAUACAAUCAGCUAUCGCUCAAACUGCAAGACGUGCAAAGCCAGAUCAUCGAAGAUAGCCACAUCAAGCAGAAGCUGCAAAUGGAAAUCGAUUGCAAGGCAACGGAGAUCGAGCAAUUGCAGUCAAAGCUCAAUGAAACCGCCUCAUUGUCUUCAGCCGACAACGAUCCUGAGGAUACUCAGGUACUUGACUCAGUAUUUGAGGGCUGGUUAAGCGUGCCAAAUAAGCAAAAUAUACGUCGCCAUGGGUGGAAGCGACAAUAUGUGAUUGUGUCAUCGCGCAAAAUUAUAUUUUACAAUACCGAAAUCGACAAACAGAAUACAAUCGAUCCUGUGCUUAUAUUAGAUUUAAGCAAAGUAUUCCAUGUGCGUUCUGUGACGCAAGGUGAUGUGAUACGCGCCGAUGCCAAAGAGAUCCCACGCAUCUUCCAAUUGCUGUAUGCUGGUGAGGGCGAAGCGCGUCGACCGGACGAACAAAACCAAUUGGAUAUAAGUCAGCUGCUGGCAGACGAAAGACCCAGUUCUAUAAUGUACAAAGGCCAUGAAUUUGUUCAUAUAACAUAUCAUAUGCCAACAGCAUGCGAAGUCUGUCCGAAACCAUUGUGGCACAUGUUCAAGCCGCCAGCGGCAUAUGAAUGCAAGAGAUGCCGCAAUAAGAUUCAUAAGGAACAUGUAGACAAUAACGAUCCGUUGGUGCCGUGCAAAUUGCAUCACGACCCACAUACUGCCAAAGAAAUGCUGCUGCUGGCCGGCACACCCGACGAGCAGCAUCUGUGGGUGACGCGUCUAUCGAAGCGAAUACAGAAAUUCGGUUAUAAAGCAAAUUCGUCAUCAAAUAAUAACAGUGGCGGCGGUGACGGUAGCAAAAUAUCACCAAGUCGACUGAAAUGGCAAUCAUCAACAACAUCACAACGACAAUCUUCACCGCCAACACCACCACCAAAACCUUUAUCGUUGCAACGUCAAAAAUCGCAACCACCAUUAUUUUCCAACAAUAAAUGAAACGUUGGGCUUUUAAUGGUGCAGAAAAGUGGAGCAACAACAGCAACAAAUAAUAAGACUAUCAAAUCGCCUGCGCAACAGUUUUAUAAAACGUUUUCGCUCAGCCAGACGCUACGAUUAGUUUGAGCUUUUGCCAGAACAAAAACACAGCGAGAAAAUAUUUGUAAUUUUAAUAAACGCAAAAAACAAAAUCGCUAAAACACUGCACCACGUUUGCGCACACACUAUACGGAUUUUUCUUACACCUAAGUAUUUAAGUUGAUUCAUUUUAAGUUGUUAGAGUUUUUAGUUAUAACGAGAAUGGUUAAGUUUUUGUACUUAGUUGUUGUUUUUAAGUAAAAUUUUCGACUUAUAAAUGUAAUGUGAAAUUAAAUUCGAGUGUAUUGCCAAAUAGAAAAUAAUGUUAUCCCUUUUUAGGAUUAUGAUACUUUAGAUAUAUUAACAAUUACUUAUGUAAAAAUAUACGUUGAAUAAGAAGACUUUUUUAUUACCAGAAAUGAAUGGAAAAAAUGUUUUCUAGUAGAAUUUCAACUAGGCAAUAGAAUGAGAAAAACGAUCAAGCGUUAUUUGCAAUUUGAUACAUUUAUAAUUACGCCACAAAUCGGAGGGGAAGCUCGGCCAAGCACUAGCAUACUAUGUGUAAGCUCCAAUUUAUUAUUAUUAUUAAUUUCCGCAUCGCCGCUACUAUCACUGACGCCCCAAAUGGACAAGUGUAGAAAACACAAGAAGUCGUCGUUAUUUGUUGAAACUUUACUCCUUCAAGGAUUAUUGAACGCUGAUUUCAAAAAUUAAAUCGGGUUUUUUGUUUCAGCAACCACUUUCAAAAAACACUGCUUUUUAGAACCGGCUAUUAAUUUUGAGAAAAGCGAAUUGAUCCGAGUUUUUAGUAUCUGUAACUAAUUUUGUAAAAAGCGGAGUGUUCCCAACCAUUUCUUAAAUUAAAAAUUUCGGUGCCUCUUUUGGACUUACCAAAUUCGCCUUUUAUUGAUUUUUUUUCAAUAAUCACCAAACUAAUAUAUAUGUAUAUGUACAUAUAUAGAUAUCUAUACGCAACCGGUACAAAAACCGAUUGCACUUUUGCAAUAACCAUAACAAAACAUUUAGUGUGACCACACCGCUUUUCUCAAAAUUAUUACCCGGUUUUAAAAACCCGGGUUUUUCGAAAUUGGUAACCGGCACAAAGAAACCCGUUUUGUUAUUUAAAUCACCGUAUUUGUAUUACUCUAUGUACAUUUGUGCGUCAGUAGGCGUGGGAGCUGUGCGGUUUUCAUCAAUUGGGGUGUGUUCGAGCAACUUAAUACAUACCGCAAUAUUGCAGCCUUUCUUGAUGAUAUGGUGCUGAUGCUCAACUAAAAGUUCUCCGAAAUGCUGCAUAAUUUUUUGUGUUGCUUUUGAUUUGACAGUGAUGAGCAACUGAUUGACAAAAUGUUGUUCUUCGAUCGCUUGAUGUAGGCAAAGUAGCCCAAUUUUUAGCGUAGAACAUGAUGCUCUUUCAUAAAAAAGCAACACUGCCGCAUUAAUUGCAGCUCGAAUACAGCGUAAUCUUUAAUUAAUACCACAUUCAGAGAUAGGACUUUUACUUAUUUUGAUUAAUGUAUUUUUUCCACCUUAAGUGCUAUAUUGAUUGGCCUAUGCUCCCAGAAAAUGAAUUGAAAACAUUUUGUAAAAUAUGCGUAAUUUAGAUCUGGGAGAAUAAAUGAAAUUAAAAUCUAUAAUUUUGGUAUUUUAAAUAGAGUUCCCAAUAUUGUACAUGAUAAUAAUAAUAAUAGCAAUGACAUUCCUAUUUAGUCUAUAAGCAAUACAAAUGAAUUGAAUUAUAUAAUUUAGUUGACCGCUUAAAGCAAUCAAACUGUAAACGAAAGAAUUUUCCUAAAGUGUGAAGUGUAAAAUAUGCAUUAUUUCAUAAUUUAAAAAAAAAAAUAUGGAUUCAAAAAGCAUUACUUUCAAUCGAAAUUCUAGCAUGAAGUUUCUUUAUCGAAUUGAACUUCAACGCAUUUAUACGACGUACUCUUGUAACAUUGGGUCUGAGUCAAACUUAAAAACAUACGAUAUACUAACAUACAUACGUACCGAAAUUUAAAUUUAAUGAUUAUACGACAAACAAGUUAUCUUCUUGAGGAAGCAUAAGGCUAAUACACCACUCAAAAAAUUUUACAAUUUUGACUAAAUCUGGAGAUAACGCCAGCCAUUUCUAAUAGAUUUUGAAUCCAAAUACGAACUCAGAAUUGCUCUAUCACAUCAGGUUUUUUUUUUAAAUAUUCUUGCCUUAAAAAGCAAAAAAUUAAAAUCUGCUUAUAAUGGAAGACGUUGAACUUAACAUUGAAAUGGUCAACAACUUUGAUCUAAUUGCCUUUAUUUAAGAUUGAUGUAUUUAAUAAGUGCCAGCAAUCGUGUUUCAACCGGCGCCUAGUCCCGUUUUGUAUAAAAUGAUGCCUCUGCAGACCUUUUUCAGCACUUUAAAUUUUUCAAACUUAUUAUUAAUUUCUCAAACAAAAUAAACAGAGAAUUGUAUUGCAUAAAAACUGGUAUAGAUAAGAUGGUCGUUUUGUGUCCGACUUUAAAAUCGGUGGAAUAUGAUUCUUCUAGACUUUCGAGGUUUCAUAAGGUUCUACACCUGCCAUGAUUAAGACAAAUUUUUGAAUAUGAAGAGAAAAAUCUAAACGGAAUAAUACAGGGUGGCGCCGAAUGAGCUAUAUGGUUUAAAUGGUUUAUAACUUUUUUAUUUAUUAUUAUAAUAUUAUAAUAUUUUUUUUUAAUACAGUAUAUUAUUGGGGAUUUUUUUUGCAAUUAGCUUUGAAAAAUUAUAUCCUGAUGUCCAUUUUCUGCUUCGCAAUACGUGCUCUUUUUAGCAUAUUUUCCAUAACUUUUCGCAGAAUUUCGGAUGUAAUGGCCAUGAUUUCAUUUCGAAUGUUGGUUUGGAGUUGGAGAAUGGUUCUUAGUUUGUUAACGUACACUCUUCCUUUCAAAUAUCCCCAAAGAAAACUGUUAAAAAGAAUUCAAACCAUAUAGCUCAUUCGGCGCCACCCAGUAUUAUAACUAAAAAUUUGAGAUCUUUUUGGCCGAAAUUACGAUUUUUUCAAGGUAAAAUGACAAUUUUUCAGCACAAGCAUACGGCAACGAUGCUGGCAGGUCAUUUCCAGGCGUGGAUCCCGUUGGCAUAGAGUAAAACAAAAAACUGCUAUAAAGAAUUCAAACCAUAUAGCUCAUACGGCGCCACCCUGUAUUUAAAAACAUUUAGCUUUUAUACGCCCUAUCGGUCAGUUAGUGCUUUACAAAGCGUCUGAAUAAAUAACUGAAAAUAGAAAUGCAAUAAAAUGGAACGCAUCCCAGAAGAUAAUUUAGGUAAUCCUUCUUAAGUGAAGCCACUCUAAAAGGCCUACCCAGGGGGAGGCUGAAAAAAAUGCUUCCCUGCAUGCCUUCUAGAGAGGCUUUUCCUAUUUGAAAUUUACGAGGAUGCAUUUAUUGGUGUACAAGGCUGGUACUAAAGUACGUCCUACAAAAUCGCUUCUAUGGGUAGCGAAAGCAGAAGCCCUUGAGUUGGUGCCAUUCCAUGCAAGAACGAAAAGAGAAAGGAAUACAGAAUGGAAGGCCACUUACCCCCAGGAAGGCAAAAUAUUUGGUUUAAUAAAAAGAUUAUUGAAAUAAAAAUAAUUUUAAUUUGUAACGCUAUUUUAACUAUUACCUAAAUGUUACUUUUCUGGAAUAACCCCGGUAUAUUGUAAAUUAUAAAACAUCAAAAGUAAAACUAAUAUUAAAGUUUUAAAUAUACAUACAUACAUAAGUAUAAUAUAAGAAUCAUAGCAGCUGUGAGCAUAUCAACAAUUAUAAUAAUUAAUAAAGAAAAUAAGAAAUGUAUUACAUAUACAUACUACAUGCACAUUUACAUACAUACAUAUGUAUUUAUAAAAUGCCUAUACACAAUCAUACUAAGUAUAGCUACAUAUAUCCAUACUUAUUUACGAGUACUUAAAGGAAUAUAUACUCUAGUUUGUAAACAACUUUAAAAAAAAAUGUUACGCGAAACGCCUUAAUUAUAUGCAUAUUUACUUACAUACUUACUUACCUACAUAAGUACAUACAUUAUUAACUUUACUAAGGCACAUAAACGAUAAACUUUACAAUAUUAUAUUCAUUAGUAUCGUAAUUAAGUGAAGGCAUCGUUAUUUUUUAUCGUAUUAUGGUAGUUAGAGCGCGAACGUUUAUAUGAAAUGGUAUACAAUUUUCAAGUGCAAUAAAUAAAAUGCAAUUUUGUAAUAAAUUA